AUGGUUGUCCCCGAAGGCUAUGUGCCCGUCGUCGCCUUUAAAUUCUGUCCACCCUCAGGGAUCUUUUUUCAGCUUGGCAUGUACCUUUUCGACGGCGUGAACGAUAUUCUGCAGAUCGGCACUUUUCUACUCCACAGAGAUUGGUGGUUUGCAGGAUUCAUGACCCUAUUUGUCCUCGUCAACCUAGCAGCCACAAUCUUCGAAAUGGAGGCGCAAAGCAAGCUGAAACGGUUCGAUCCGCUGGGUGAAGCCCGACUCUGUGUGGCUCGGGGAGUGCUCACCGAUGCUUGGGAGAUGAUGCUCUCCUGUGAGAGGAACAUCGAAGCCCCCAGCACUGGACUCAUCGGGCCCUACGGCGCCUCUCUGCUCCAGCUGACACCGCUGCAGGCCGCUAGCUGCCUUUACGGGCUCUACUCCUCCGCCAAGGCCAUGGCCGAAGGCAGAAUGCAGGUCGAGGUGAAAACCGGCGCGGAUGCAGGUGCGAGUGCACUGAAAGCCGUUCGUCCAGUCAAGGCCGCCAUGCUCUCUGCCUGGUACUUGGGUGCCUUUGCGGCGGAGCUUGCUGCCUUCGCCGUGGCAAGCGCCGUCUUGCACCCCAUGAUCACGGUACCGGGCUACCUCCUGGGCGGCAUGGCGAACGGAGCAGCAGCGUGGUGGGCUGGAGCGCGGGAUUACGUCCAGACAGCUGCCACUACUUUCAUCACAGUGGUCUUUGCUAUGGUGGGUGAGCAGACGAAGAGCUUCUUCAAGACCAAGGCAUCCAUAGCAAAGGGCCCUGGCUUCAUUCCGGCCGCUUCCAUUCUGCUCCGACUCAUGGCCUGGACGGCCCUCUGCUUCCUCGAUCUCCCGAACGGUCUUUUGCCGCUCGGCUCACUCGGGAGGCCCAUGGGCCUGCCGGUGCUGCGGGAAAAAUUCCUGGAGCCGGCGGCUGCUUCGCAGAAAGCCUUAGCAUGUUUCACCUCCCAACUAUGGGUAUCCUUCAAGCCGGAGGCCAACGCGACCUCCAUGUCUUUGACGGAAGAGGUACAGUUUGGCGCAUGCAGCUGGCCGGCAGCCGGCGAGCUCAACAGUGCAUCCACCAUCUUCAACACCUGCUUGUUGUUGUUGGCCAUGGUUCUCAUUCCAAUACACCUGUGCAUCGUCGUCGGGAUGUUACUGUUAAAUCCCGUUUAUGCUUGUGAAGCUGACAACCUCCCGCUCAAGCAGGAGGUCGAGGCGAAGCAGCGUGAAAUCAACGCCUUCGCCACGCAGAACGAGCAAGCUGCUGGCCAGUAUGAGCUGCUGAGCUUUCUUCCGGAUUAG